UAUUGCCCAUCUCAUUGGCGCCUCCAAAACCGGAACACAAAUUCCGGAAAGCCAUACAAGUCGAUCAUGGUCCCCUUUCGGCUACCGGCCCGGACUUCUGGAAUUUUUUUCGCUCCCUUCCUUUCGCCGUUGCCGUUACCUUUGCCUUUUUUUUUGCUUUUAAGGGUCCAGUCUGUCUAACAGUGCGCCGCACAUGCAAACAUGGGAAAAGUUAUGGGGAUUUCCAGAAUUCCCAUGUUCUCGCCACUCUAUGAUGGAGUGGCGGAAGGGAAAAAUUGCCAAAAAAUGAAUAAAAGGAUCGUCCCAUAGAGAACAGCAUUUACUUGUUCCAAAGAUUGUUAGAUGCUAGUUCUUUGAAACUCGCAACCAAUUUUCAACACUACAAAGUCAUGCCAUCUACCUCUCCCCAUUCCAAGUCGGGUAGCAUUCAAAAAGCAUCUCGUUCGCCUUCCUCUCGCUCGCAUAGCAUUCACAAAGCGUCUCGCUCACCUUCCUCUCGCUCGCACCGCCGUCCAUCUCGUUCUCUCGUCUCCAAGCUCGAGUCCGUAUCGCCCCGAGUCGUGUUUGGCCACGACGCCCUCGCCAGUCUCCCAACAGAGCUCAACAAGCUGUGCCUUUCGUGCCCUCUCGUUAUAUACAGCCCGUCUCGCCUCUCCCUCGCCAACCGCAUCCGCGCUCUGCUGCCGAACCUAGACGCCUGCUUCAUAUCGUUGGAUACGCAUCCCGGUCCGGCGAUUCUAGCCGGUCGAGACUCCAUCAUCAGCGUGGGAGGGCCCCGGGCUGUUGCGCUGGCGAGACGAAUCAGCUUCAAGAUGAGCAUUCCGCACAUCUGCGUCCCGACGAUGCAUAGCGGGGCGGCUGGCGGCGAUCUCCCUCCGUGGGGGCAUCCGGGGGAAGAAGACUGCGGCGAUUCGAGGAUAUGCGAAGAGGGAGGUGAUGUGCGCAGCGAUGAUGGCGGGAGGAAUUUGCCGAUGGUCAUACUAUAUGAUAAGAGGCUGACGGAGAGUCGUAUAAGACGAUUUUCUGCGCCAUCGGGAGCUUGCGAUGAUACUGAGACUGAAGCCGAAGCCGACUUUGUUCUUGUCGGUCCGGAUGUUGCGACAGGCGCAAACUCGCCCGUAUUGCGGUCCGCGCAGAGCAGAACGUCUCAGUGGAGCUACAUCAACUUGCCUGGUAUCUGAAGAAGACCUGGCAUUCUCAUCAGUCUCAUUUCAGCCCGCCGUUAGCUCAGCUUGUCUGCAGCACUUGUCUGGACUAUCAGAUGUUUGAACCGAUCAUCUUCAGCAUGAUCCCUUGAAACGAGCGUCAUCAAAACUAUACAGUCGCAUCGCAACAUCUGUCACACCAAUAAAAACCAUCAGAAGGCAGAGCGAGAAGCUCUCCGACAGACUCACACUUCCCGUCAGAUCAAGUGGAAGUCAGGAUGAUGAAAAUAAUGAACAAAGAGGUAUUUAGUCAGAUCAGAUUGGGUGGAAAAGAAACGAAUCGAAGGGAUUCGUUUCAACAAUAACCAUUCGUCG